AUGGAUUUUGACUUGAAUCAAACUCCCGAGGAUACUCUAUCUCAAGGACCUAUUCGCCAUGGAAAUAAGAAGAAGAAUUUAACUUCUGAUAUAAAGAGAGGGAUUCUUGAAAAAUUGAUGCAAGGAAGCACAGAUGUGAGACUUCACAGGGGAGUUAUCACUGAUACUGCGGCUCGGUUUGAUGUUGGUUUUAGAACAAUUUCGAGAUUAUGGCCUGAUGCAAAACUGGCUAAUGCAAAUGGAGAUGUGGUUGAUAUCUCUUCUAAGAUGGUCAAUAGAGUUGGCAGAAAAAGAAUUGAAUUAUAUUUAGAUAGAAUUAAGUUGAUAUCUCUUCGCAAACGAACAACAAUAAGAGGAAUAGCACACGAACUAAACUUGUCAACAUCAACCGUACGUCGACUAAUCAAGGAUGGAAAUCUUCAACCACAUUCGAAUGACUUGAGGUCGGGACUUAUGGAUGAAAACAAGAUAGCAAGGGUGAAUUUUUGCUUAAAAAUGAUAGACAAAGGUAUGACCCAAUCUUCAAAUUCAUUCAUUGACAUGUUGGAUCGAAUUCAUAUAGAUGAAAAAUGGGUUUACAUUACAAGAAGAACACAAAAGUAUUAUCUUCAUGCCGAAGAAGAAGAGCCUUUACGCACGUGA